AGACCCUCCUCCUUCUCUUAGUCAUGGGACAGGAAACAGGGCUGGGCCUGAUCAGGGUUUCCCUUCCAGCAGGCAGAGCUGAGCUGUACAACAGAGAUCAUAACGCAGCUGUGACCAUGCCGAAAGAAGAAUUCUUUGUAGAUAUGACCUGCGAAGGCUGCUCCAAUGCAGUGAAUCGUGUACUUUCUAGGCUACAAGGAGUCCAGUAUGAAAUCGAUUUACCCAACAAGAAAGUGGUAAUUGAAUCUGAUCUCGCUGUGGAUCUGUUGCUUGAAACGCUGAAGAAAACUGGAAAGGAAGCAAAGUACCUGGGGUGCAAAUAACUGGCAGUAUGGACCAAGUACCUAAAGAAUGAAGACAAAGUUUCACAUUUGUGGGAUAUUCAUGUUUGUCUGAAGAGGAAUAUUUAUACCUAUAGUGCAAAAGACUUUAAAUAUCCAACAAGGGGGCUGCACCAUGCUCUUUCCACCUGUUUCCUAACUCUGUUACUGUGGGUUUCUGUCAUGUGCAUAAUGAAAAUAAACAUUAAUUUGCUGCUCUGAA